UAAUCCAAUUUGAUGAUUUUUGGACAAUGAAUAAUUAAAACACAAUGAUGAAAGUCGAUUGCUUUAACAAGUUUGCAUUUAGGUGAUUUGGGUUUCCACUGAUUAUCGCGUCUCGUCUCCAAAUCUCAUCAUCUCUUGGAAUCAGCAAUUAGGUCUUAAUAUAUACUCAUAAGAUAGUUAUGGAAGCUUUGGGCACUCAAAUCAGAGUGCAGUCCUUGGUUGGUGAAGGGGCAGUGCCACCUCAAUACGUGCAGCCACUCGAGACUAGAACUCAACGCAUUGUUGGAUGUAGGAAUGAUAACAAAGAGCCAUCCCCGCCCGUUAUUGACCUUAGUGAUGAUGGAAACUCAGUUCAUGAGCAGCUGGGACGCGCCUGCAGCGAGUGGGGAGCGUUCCAUGUGAUCAACCAUGGUGUUCCUGUUGAAUUGUUGGGAGAGAUGAGGCGACUGAGCCGCUCCUUCUUUGAGGACUGUGCGAUGGAUCAAAAGCUGAGUUACGCGUGUGACCCCACUUCCCCUGCUUCGGAGGGGUAUGGGAGCCGGAUGCUGGUGGCAUCUAAUGAUACGGUCUUGGAUUGGAGAGAUUAUUUUGACCAUCACACUUUGCCCCUGUCACGCCGGGAUCCAUCUAAGUGGCCUCACUUUUCUCCCAAUUACCGAAAAGUUGUGGCAGAUUAUAGUGAUCAAAUGAAUGCCCUUGCUGAAAAAUUACUGUGCUUGAUCUCGAAGAGCUUAGGGCUGCCGUCUUCUUGCAUCAAAGAUGCUAUUGGCAAAUUCCAUCAGAACAUCACCGUGAGCUACUACCCUCCUUGCCCGCAGCCCGAGCUUACCCUCGGUUUGCAAUCUCAUUCUGACAUGGGUGGUGUCACGCUUCUCAUCCAAGAUGACGUGGGGGGCCUCGAGGUCUUGAAAGAUGGAAAAUGGGUGCUGGUAAAUCCAUUAAGUGAUGCUAUAUUCGUCAUUUUGGCCGACCAAACUGAGGUGAUAACAAACGGACAGUACAAGAGUUCUGUGCAUCGAGCCAUCACUAAUGCGAAGAAAGCACGCCUUUCUGUUGCCACAUUUCAUGAUCCUGGGAAAACGAAGACGGUAUCUCCAGCUUUGAAGCCUCCUAAAUAUCGCCCUGUGAUGUAUGGGGACUACGUCUCGUCAUGGUACACAAAGGGGCCCGAAGGAAAACGCAAUAUCGAUGCUCUCCUGCUUCAGUGAGUCAGUGUGUUCCUUUUUAUUUUCUGAGUUAUAAAUUUUCUGCAAUUCAUGAAUGAAGCUGUUCUGCAAAUAGUUGAUUGUUACUUUGUCUUA